GCCAUCCAUGUUGUCUCUGCAGAUUAAAAACUCACCCCUUAUCCCCUAGUGCCCGCUACGCUGAGAAGCUUCUACCAAUAACCGACGACAAAGUCGGUGAGCUCAGACCGUGGCUUUUUUCCAUUUUGCAAAGGGGAGGGAAGGAGACCGGACCCUGGCUCCCCAGGAGUAAUUAAAGGGUAAUGGUAGUUCUAAGCGUGGCCAGGUCUAAAAGAACUCGAGGUCCAAGCGUUCCAGCCUUUGCAUUCCAAUACAGCUACUUCACCCUCCCAGCCCCGCCCGCGGGCGGCUCCCGCACCCUCCCCAACAGCAGCUCUCGCACCUGCAGCGCGUAGGUGGGCGCCCGGGCUCCCGGCAAGACUGCGUGGGGCCGGGCCCGCGCUUCGGACGUCCGAAGGGGCGGGGCCGAGCCGCGCGUUCCGGCCCCGGGGCGGGGCCUCGCGCAGGUGCGCGGAGACGCUCUGGUAUCACUGAAACUCAUCCGUCUCCGGGGAGGCGCGCGCAGAGGCUUGGAUUCGGGCAGGUGAGACGGUGGCUUUCUUUUGGAGCGGCGAGUGGGACUCCGAAUUUCGAAUCAUUGGCGGCGAAUGCCCUCCCCGCCUGGCGUCGGGGCUGCAGGAAGGAUGCGAAGCCUGAGCGCGGUGUGGCUGCUGGGGGGCGCCAUCCUGCUGGCGGCCUCUGCUUCCUGCAAUCGCACCGUCCAAGGAACCAAUAGAACGUCUAAAGGAAGAAGUCUCAUUGGUCAGAUUGAUAGCUCAUCUCAAAUCACUGGGAAAGGAGUUACGGUGGAACCAGGCUUUUCUGUGGAUGAGUUUUCUACCUCCGUCCUCACUGGAAAAUUGACUACUGUCUUUCUUCCAAUCGUCUACACAAUUGUAUUUGUGAUAGGUUUGCCAAGUAAUGGCAUGGCCCUAUGGGUCUUUCUUUUUCGAACAAAGAAAAAGCACCCUGCUGUGGUUUACAUGGCCAAUCUAGCCUUGGCAGACCUCCUGUCUGUGAUCUGGUUCCCUUUGAAGAUUGCCUAUCACAUACAUGGCAACAACUGGAUUUACGGGGAAGCCCUCUGCAAGGUACUCAUUGGAUUUUUCUAUGGCAACAUGUACUGUUCCAUUCUCUUCAUGACCUGCCUCAGUGUGCAGAGGUAUUGGGUCAUCGUGAAUCCCAUGGUGCACCCCAGGAAGAAGGCAAACAUUGCCUUUGGUGUCUCCCUGGGGAUAUGGCUGCUGAUUCUGCUGGUCACCAUCCCCUUGUAUGUCGUGAAGCAGACUGUCUACAUUCCAGCCCUUAACAUCACAACCUGCCAUGAUGUUUUGCCUAAGGAGGUGCUGGUAGGAGACAUGUUCAAUUAUUUCCUCUCUCUGGCCAUCGGAGUCUUUUUAUUCCCAGCCUUCCUCACGGCCUCUGCCUAUGUGCUAAUGAUCAGAACACUCCGAUCUUCUGCUAUGGAUGAAAACUCGGGAAAGAAGAGGCAGAGAGCCAUCAAGCUCAUUGUCACCGUCCUAGCCAUGUACCUGGUCUGCUUCACUCCCAGUAACCUUCUGCUUGUGGUGCAUUAUUUCCUGAUUAAAACCUGGAGCCAGAGCCACGUCUACGCCCUGUACAUUGUAGCCCUCUGCCUCUCCACCCUCAACAGCUGCAUUGACCCCUUUGUCUAUUACUUUGUUUCACAAGACUUCAGGGAUCAUGCAAAGAAUGCACUCCUUUGUCGAAGUGUUCGUACUGUAAAGCGGAUGCAAGUAUCCCUCACAUCCAAGAAAUUCUCCAGGAAAUCCAGCUCUUACUCUUCAAGUUCAACCAGUGUUAAAACCUCCUAUUGACUUUUGCAGCCCCUCCGUUGGUUGUUUUACAGGAGGAUUUGGAACCUGCUUGGUGUUAUGGGUAUGUUUCUGUUGUUCCCUGACCAAGUGGGUCUCACCACAUACCACCAUGUAUAUGCAACAUCUCUCAGGAUUGCUGGAAGCUUCCCUGUUUGCAUGAGGAAAGUCCCCCAAAUUAAUACAGAUGUCAGUUUUAGACUUCUUCUCAGAUGCUCCCGGAAAUGCAACCAACAGAAGCAAAUUUUUCAGACGACGGUGAGAACACAGAGACCCAGUGACUUGUACAAACUAAUGUUGGCAUGAAGACAGAGCUCUUAGCUGAGACUACGUUUCUUUUACAUCUGGGCUCAGUGCCAGCCCUGUUAGGGCUUCAGUGCCCUCAGAUGAUCAGAUCAACUGACUGACUUUACAGAUGAGGAGGCUAAAGAGGCGAAGAAGCUACUCGCAGUAGGGGAGCUUCCAUUCCAACCAAUGGCAGCCAGUUAGUGUUGGACAGUACAGUGAGAAUGUUCAGUGGAGUCCUUCCUCCCACCUCCUCGUGGCUCUUGUUUACAAAUGCAGGUUCGUCAGACUCAGGAAUGAGAGCUCAGGGUCUGGGUCAGAAACCUGCGUUUUAAUGAGCCUCUGCUGCAUGUGCUCACACACACCAGCCUUUGAGAACCAUGGGUCUGGGUGCUGCUUCUACUGACAAGGUGCCACCGGAGAAGCAUGCAGUGCUCUGGGUGUCUUUUGCAAGCAGCUUGUGAUGACGUCUCUUUGUUGUCUCAUCAGGGCUUUCAGUCAUUUAUCAGUCCUUUGAGGUUUUGGGUGUGCCCUUACCACAACAAGGAAAAUACAGUGGAGAUUUUAAAGGUGGAAAUACAAAUUGUGUGUAACUGUAUACUGACUCAGAAUCUUCAGGUAGUGUGAGUGACAGAUUGUUUCAAAGGAAGGAUGGCAUUUGCCACUUAGUAUUUUUCGUAAUUAUAGUUGGACUAUUUAUUGUCAGUUUUCUUCACUUGCUACCAAAUAUGACAUUGUAAUGCCUUCACUGGAUUUGAACCACAUCUGUUUGGGAAAGAAUGCUAAAGAGGUAUGAUUUAUAGUAUAUUUAGGGGGCUAUUUACCCCAAACUGAAUUUGUAACUGUUGUAUUUGUGGUUUUUUUGGAAAUAAUUUUAUUGUAGAGAUUUAUAAAUAACGCAUGACCCUGUUUUUUACAACUUAUUUUUGAGUUGUGUGUUUUGUGGGUUAUUUCUGAGGGAGGGCAUGGGAGAAGGGAAACCCCAGCAUUGCUCUUAUAAAAAGAAAUUAUGUGUUGCUCACACUGUAUUUCUUAGAUAAACAGGGCCACUCUGUAUAUUGCUUGGUGACAAUUGUUUUCACUUAACAUUUUAGCAUUUUUUCCAUGUCUGUGUCUAUAGGCUGACCUCCGUUUUUUUAAGGGAUACAGACUUUGGGGUGCAUGGGUGACUCAGUGGGUUAAGCAUCUGACUCUGACUGGGGUCCUGAUCUCGCGGUUCAUGAGUUCGAGCCCUAUGUUAAGUUCUCCACUGACAGCGUUGAGCCUGCUUUGGAUUCUGUGUCUCUCUCUCUGCCCUUCCCCUGCUCAUGCUCUAUCACUCUUUCUCCUUCUCUUUCAAAAAUUAAGUAUUAAAAAAAAUUGUUUUAAAGGAUACAGACUUUAAUUUGGGGAUAUAUUGUGAUGUAUUUAGUCAUCUCCCUACUGAUGUUUCCUGAAGUCUCCUCUUUUUUUGUUGUGGUUAUUAAAACAGUGCUGCACUGGACAUCAGAGUAGACAUCUUUGUGAGUAUUUCUGUAGGAUACGUUCCUGAAAGUAGAAUGACCAGGUCAAAAGUUAGAUAAGCAUUUUAAAUUUCGGUAACUCUCACCAAAUUGCCUUCAGUAAUUUGUGUUUCUACCAAAAUAGUACCUUUGCACCUGUUUCCUGAAAUGCUCUUCGACAUGUGACCUAUCAU